AUGGAUCCCAGCUACAAGGCUCGCAAAGAGGCCUUCGUGUCCGAUCUUGCUGGUGGCAGCAUUUUUGAGAUCAAUGCUGUUACAUUAGUCGCACCUGCCGCUGCUCUCUUAUGGUCAGCGCUACAAUCACGCCUUUCCUUCUUCACUCCUUACAGCUCAGCAGCACUGGUGACCGACUUUCUGCUCAAUGUACUGGCCAUUCUGUUUGCCACGACUGUCUACUCGUCUGCGCCAUGGACGCUGAACGUCCUGCUGAUCGCCCCCGCCCUCCUACUGUUUCUCAACUCGAGACCUCCCCGCAGCCAGCAAAAGGCUAAGCCUCCUCCGAAACCGACCCAAAGCGAUAGGAAUGCAGCGGACAUGCCCGAAUCCUUACCAAUUCACCCAUUUCUGACAACAUAUCGUGCAGCCAUGAUGAUCAUUACCUGUGUAGCCAUCUUGGCGGUGGACUUCCAGGCGUUUCCACGGCGGUUUGCAAAGGUGGAAAACUGGGGCACGUCACUCAUGGACUUGGGUGUGGGAUCUUUCGUGUUCUCCGGCGGAGUAGUAUCUGCUCGCUCUGUGCUUAAGGGCCGAAGCAAUGGUACUCGGAAGACUCCGGUAGGCCAGCGGCUGAUAGCUUCCACGCGGCACUCGGUCCCUCUGCUUAUCCUGGGUUUGGUCAGGCUGUACAGCGUGAAGGGGCUGGACUAUGCGGAGCAUGUGACGGAGUAUGGCGUGCAUUGGAACUUCUUUUUCACCCUGGGUCUUUUGCCACCCUUCGUGGAGCUCUUUGACAGCCUGGCUGCCAUUAUUCCCUCCUAUGAAGCCCUUUCGCUGGCAGUUGCUGUGUUGUAUCAAGUCGCUCUGGAAUCGACCGAACUGAAGAGCUAUAUCCUUGUUUCCCCUCGCGGACCAAGUUUGCUCUCCAAAAACCGGGAAGGAGUGUUUUCGUUCCUGGGAUACUUUGCGAUUUUCCUGGCAGGCCGUGCCACUGGUAUUCGGAUUAUUCCUCGCGGCACCACUGCCCAACGGUCCCCCCAGCAGGCGAGAAGAGGCGUUCUGGUGACCCUGGGUGUCCAAGCGCUCGCCUGGUCUGCGAUCUUCGUUCUGAAUUCUACCUAUGCACUAGGCCACGGCGCCAACAUUCCGGUCUCGCGCCGACUUGCUAACAUGCCGUAUGUUGUUUGGGUAUCUGCCUUUAACAAUGCUCAACUGUUUCUUUUCUGUCUCCUGGAGACAGUUUUCUUCCCAUCGGUGCAUCGGGCAUCCGGAAAGGACGGUGAGGCCGACCGGGUGUCUUUUGCGACAAGCCGGAUAUUGAAGGCAUUCAACCGCGGCGGACUGGCUAUCUUCCUGGUUGCCAACUUGCUCACGGGGGCUGUCAACCUGAGCGUCCCGACACUGGAUGUCAGUACGGCCCAGGCGAUGGCAAUCCUUAUCGCAUACGCCGCGGCGCUCACAGGCGUAGCACUAGGAUUGGAUCGGGCCAACAUCAAGUUGGCAAUUUGA